AUGCACUGCUCUAUCUACGCCGCGUCCACGGCAGCUGUCAUGACGGCAGUCGCCUUCGAUUCUGUCCACGCCCACGGAUACGUGUCCAAGCCAGCUGCUCAAUUUAUCGAUCCUGCUUCAUCGACCACGUACGUUAAGACCAUCACGGCCGACGUCAAUAGUGCCUUUGGCGGACUAAAGUGGGACGAUAGUCCGGAGGCAAACACCGCGACCUUUAAAUCGUCGUUCGCAAACACAGGCUACAAGUCGCUGAGAGACAUGCUCGACCAGCAAGUACCGGGUUGCGCCAACACUCGGACUGACAUUGCGCCAGUUGACGUGGCCGGCCUCACCGUCAUGAACUGGCAAAACGACAAAGAGCACAAGGGAUUUAUCGACUCGCACCAUGGUCCGUGCGAAACCUGGAUUGACGACACCAUGGUCGACCGACAGGAAGACUGUGUUGCGACGUACGGCUCUGGAUAUCCUGCCAGCAUAAAUGUAGACUUCUCCCGAUGCUCAGGCGCAUGCACCCUUCGUUUCUACUGGCUUGCGCUUCAUGAGAUCAACUGGCAGGUCUACAAGCAGUGCGUGCCGAUUUCAAACAACUCAGGGGCGCAGUCGCAAUCGCAGGUGCAGGGGACAGUCGUACCCGCCGACAUCAAACCUGACACCCCUGUCCCUGACACGCCUGCCCCAGCGAUGGGCAUCGAGAGUCAACAUGGAUGUCAGAAUCGUACCCUUCGUGCUGUAGAUGAUCCUCCUACGCAUUUGGCUAACGGUGCAGAGAUCGAGUGGACUGACAGCCGCUUUCUUCGCGAGUUCGACGAGUUUGCCACCAAUUACCAGAUGAGAAACUAA